AUGGAAGGAAGGAAGCGGAUGGCAUGGACCGACUCUCGACGGGGGAUUUCUGAGAAAUUCCCCGUCGGGAUGAGGAUCAUCUGUUACCUGAGUAUUUUGUGUGGUGGAUUCAACUUUGCCAACAUCAGUGGUUUCAAGCCCUUGAAAUUUCGGCGUUUGUCUUGGAAGAAUCUUUGGUCCCUCGUCCUCGUUGAAGCCAUAUCAUUCAAUCGAUACCGGAACUUCAUAAUUACUAAGGCAUUCUUUGGGGCACCCGUGAACGCAAACCGUUUCUCGGAGACGGAUGUGAAGGCCAACUAUUUCCGAUUUUUUCUGCUCUUCUCGGCUGCCCUGCUUUCCAUCACUUACUGGAAUGUGCGAGGUCAGGCUCUGUGUGACUUGUUCAACGAAGCCUUGGAUUUGGAUCGCUGGAUGGGAAUAGAUGCCAGGAGAAGAUGGUUUUGGGUGGUUGGCAGUCUGGUUUAUAGCUGUGUGUGGGCGGCUGUUUCGGUGCUCGGGAAUGUGAUGACACCGUGGUCACCCUGGAUGGCUUUUGACAUAUUUGUGACUUUCGUCGUUGGGUUAAAUGCCGUGACGCAGUCUGUGUUGUAUGCUUGGAUUUGCUCUCAGAUAGUUCGGUUGCAGGUAUACUCGAUUCGAGAGCUUCGAGAGGGACGUAUGAACGGAAAGGAAUGGUUGGAGGGACGAAAGAGCCUGGAAUCUCUGGCGAAAAAAUUGAAUGGAGUCUAUGGACCUUUGGUGAUGAUUCACCUCGCCCGCAACGCGGUUCUUGCGACCUUGCUCGCGUUUCUCAUCGUCCGGUCGGCCGCUGCUUUCGGUUGGGGAUCCACCACCGUUGUCACUUUCAGCGUCUCUUUCACCUGCUUUUCCAUUCCAGUGCUCAUCUUUUUCCUUGCAGCAGAACCCGUUGGCAUCCAGGGCAUUCAGACUUUAGGGAACGAUCUUCAGGUACUCUCCCUCUCAACAACCAUACACACUUUAUGUCGGUCACUCCAGGGAGGAUUCCCUCCGUUGCAGCUCUUGAUGGACGCGGACGGCUGCUACAAGCUUCGGCGGAUCCACCUCACUGUCUCUGGGUUCUUCCACUUGGGACAUGGUCCAUUGGCAGAGUUGAUCGACAUGAUACUUACCUACGUCAUCGUCCUAUUCCAAUUUAACCAAGUGGACCAGAAGACAAAAGCGUGAUGAUGUUGGCACGAGGAUUGCAGUCAGGAAUAUGCAGGACCUUUCUACGUCAUGGGCCUACAGUGAAAAUGACCAAGACAACAGUUGCUGUGUUGGUUGAUGUUCGUUAUGCAUUAUUGUGUCCACCUGGAUCCUCUGAAGAGGUGGACUGCAAAUGAGUUUAAUACUUGAUUCAAUACUUGAUUUAAAAGGUGGG